AUGGGUGACUCUGCCUACUCCUUCUCACUGACGACCUUCUCGAGGACUGGAAAGCUCUUGCAGAUUGAAUAUGCUCUGAAUGCCGUGGCCAAUGGUCGUACAUCGUUGGGCAUUUGUGCCAAGGAUGGAGUGGUGAUUGCUACCGAGAAGAAACUAUCCAGUGAACUGGUCGAUGUCGAACAGGUGCACAAGAUUGAGGAGAUCACUCCUACCACAGGAUUCUGCUAUGCUGGAGUGGGACCGGAUUAUCGAGUUUUGGUCCGACGAUCUCGCAAGUCGUCUCAAGCCUAUAUGCGCAUGUACGGAGAAAUCCAGCCUGUCUCGCAAUUGGUCAAGCGAACUGCCAAUGUCAUGCAAGAGUACACGCAACGCGGUGGCGUUCGUCCGUUUGGAAUCAGUCUCCUUGUGGGAGGCAUUGACAAGGCCGAUGGAUCUCCUCAUCUCUACCAAGUCGAUCCUUCCGGAACCUACUUUGCCUGGAAGGCCACCGCCAUUGGACGAAAUCAUCUCAAUGCCAAAAACUUUCUCGAAAAACGAUACACCGAGGAUAUGGAAUUGGAAGAUGCCAUUCACACGGCUCUUCUCACGCUUCGUGAAGGAUUCGAGGGGGAAAUGAAUGCGCACAACAUUCAAGUCGGUGUCGCAAGUCAAAAGGAUGGAAAAUUCAAAGUCUUGACUCCAGAACAGAUUCAGGAUUACCUCGAUGAGGCCAACUAA